AUGCCGCCAUGGUGGCUUCUUGGUGUGAUUGGAUGUAUCGUGUGGUAUUCGCUGUUAUUGUGUUGGCGGUGUGUGAAGCUGUGCGUGAUCCAGUCGAUCGCCGUCAAAGGACGAUUGCUCUGUGGAGCUGGACCAGCUAAAAACCUCCGCGUGAAGCUCAUUGACACUGACACUGGUCGUCCUGAUGACCUCCUCGACCAAGGAUAUACCGACAACGACGGCAAUUUCUCGCUAUCGGGUGGCACUGCUGAAACCACAGACAUCGAUCCUAUUCUUAGAGUCUACCAUGACUGCAAUGAUGUGACUGGCAUUGCAAGUGUACCAAAGCCAGGAAGCCGUAAGGUAACGUUCCGUCUGCCAACGAAGUAUAUUACUUAUGCCAAGCAACCGAAGAUUACAAUGGACAUCGGUGCUAUCAAUUUGGAACUCGAGUUCCUGGAUGAAGGAAGAGACUAUAUUGUCAGUUGA